AUGAUCCGUCGCAAGAAGAAUGUCAAAAAGGGCAUUCAGUUCUGCCUGAUGGUCUGCGGUGCCUCGGGUACUGGACGGACUACCUUUGUCAAUACACUGUGCAGCAAGGGCGUCUUGACGCACAAGGAGUCGGACGACCCGAACACUGCCCAUGUCGAGGAGGGUGUAAAGAUCAAGCCGGUCACCGUCGAGCUCGAGCUUGAUGAGGAGGGCACGCGCAUCUCUCUCACCAUUGUCGACACCCCCGGUUUCGGCGACCAGAUUGACAACGAGGCCAGCUUCUCCGAGAUUGUCGGUUACCUCGAGAGACAGUACGAUGACAUUCUGGCUGAAGAGUCUCGUAUUAAGCGUAACCCUCGCUUCAGAGACAACCGCGUUCACGCGCUCCUCUACUUUAUCACCCCCACUGGCCACGGCCUCCGCGAGCUCGACAUUGAGCUCAUGAAGCGACUUGCCCCUCGUGUCAACGUUAUCCCAGUCAUUGGCCGCGCCGAUUCGCUGACUCCCGCUGAGCUGGCUGAGUCGAAGAAGCUGGUUAUGGAGGAUAUCGAGCACUAUCGUAUUCCCGUCUACAACUUCCCCUACGACAUUGAGGAGGAUGACGAGGACACCGUUGAGGAGAACGCCGAGCUUCGUGGUCUGAUGCCUUUCGCUAUUGUCGGCUCUGAGGACAUCAUCGAGAUCGGCGGCCGCAAAGUUCGCGCUCGUCAGUACCCAUGGGGUGUUGUCGAGGUCGACAACCCGCGCCAUUCCGACUUCCUGGCCAUUCGCUCGGCCCUUCUGCACAGUCAUCUGGCUGAUCUGAAGGAGAUCACACAUGACUUCCUCUACGAGAACUACCGUACCGAGAAGCUUAGCAAGAGUGUCGAGGGUGGUGCUGGAGCUGACAGUUCGAUGAACCCCGAGGAUCUUGCCUCGCAGUCAGUCCGCCUCAAGGAGGAGCAGCUCCGCCGCGAAGAGGAGAAGCUGCGCGAAAUUGAGGUCAAGGUGCAGCGCGAAAUCAACGAGAAGCGCCAAGAGCUCUUGGCUCGCGAAUCUCAGCUCCGCGAAAUCGAGGCUCGCAUGCAGCGCGAGGCCGCAGCUGUUGCCGCCCAGCAGCAGGCAACCUCUCCCAUCGAGGCGAACGGCGACCACGACGGCAACUAG